UCGGGGACUGUCCUGAGGGGGCCUGGAGCUGGCUGCCCAGCGCGCGGGGUGGCGCCUGGGCCUCUGCCUCUGCUGUCUCCUCCGACCUCCUCCCCCUCACCUCCUGCUACCUCUGCUCGGUCACCUCAGGGACAAGAGCUGGCCCCUCCCAGGCCAGCGCAGCUUCCCGCAGCCACCCGCCCAGCGCUGGCGGUAAGUGGGGGCUGGGGUGCCAGGCAGCUCCUCGCUCCUCUCUGCCUUCCGGGGGCACUUGGCUUCUUGGGUGGGCACCUGGCCCCUCAAGGUCACCUGGGCCUCUUCGUGAACGACCUGGCCCCUCGUGGGGCUCCUGGCUGGCAGAGCUGGUGUGGCCACCCCUGCCCGCGGCCAAGGGCUCCCUUCUCAGGAAGGCUGAUGACUACAUGGCCCAGGGUGGGAGGGACAGUGGGUCUUCCGUGGCCCUCCUCCGUGGCCAGUGGGGCUGGUGAGGGGCCUGGUGAGCUGUCCCUGAGGUCCCUCCCCUGAGCCAGGCUGCCUUUGGGAGCCCCAGCCGUGGCCCAGCCCCCUCAAUGGACACAGCAGGUGAGCCAGGAAACCGAGGCCAGGCUGCGAGCUCCACCCUGCCGGGCCUCAGUCUGCCCCGGGAGGCCAUGAACGCCACGGGGGCCCCGCUGCCCCUGGACGCCUGCCACCAACUGGCGGCCGGUGGGCACAGCCGGCUCAUCGUCCUGCAUUACAACCACUCUGGCCGGCUGGCGGGGCGCGGGGGGCCGGAGGACGGCCUGGGGGCCCUGCGCGGGCUCUCGGCGGCGGCCGGGGGCCUGGUGGUGCUGGAGAACCUGCUGGUGCUGGCGGCCAUCACCACCCGCAUGCGCUCGCGGCGCUGGGUCUACUACUGCCUGGUCAACAUCACGCUGAGCGACCUGCUCACCGGCCUGGCCUACCUGGCCAACGUGCUGCUGUCCGGCGCCCGCACCUUCCGCCUGGCGCCCGCGCACUGGUUCCUGCGGGAGGGCCUGCUCUUCGCGGCCCUGGCGGCCUCCACCUUCAGCCUGCUCUUCACCGCGGGCGAGCGCUUCGCCACCAUGGUGCGGCCGGUGGCCGAGAGCGGGGCCACCAAGACGGGCCGCGUCUACGGCUUCAUCGGCCUCUGCUGGCUGCUGGCCGGGCUGCUGGGGCUGCUGCCCCUGCUGGGCUGGAACUGCGUGUGUGCCUUCGAGCGCUGCUCCAGCCUGCUGCCCCUCUACGCCAAGGACUACGUCCUCUUCUGCGUGGUGGUCUUCGCCUGCAUCCUGGCCACCAUCCUGGCCCUCUACGGGGCCAUCUUCCGGGUGGUGCAGGCCAACGGGCAGAAGGCCCUGCGCGCCCCGGCCCGACGCAAGUCCCGCCGGCUGCUCAAGACGGUCCUCAUGAUCCUGGUGGCCUUCGUGGUGUGCUGGGGCCCGCUCUUCUGCCUGCUGCUGGCCGACACCUUCGGCUCCACCGUCUGGGCCCAGGAGUACCUGCGGGGCAUGGACUGGAUCCUGGCGCUGGCCGUGCUCAACUCGGCCAUCAACCCCCUGAUCUACUCCUUCCGCAGCCGGGAGGUGUGCCGGGCCAUGCUGGCCUUCCUGUGCUGUGGGUGCCUCCGGCUGGGCCUGCGGGGCCCUGGGGACUGCCUGACCCGGGCCACCGAGGCCCACUCUGGAGCGUCCACCACGGACAGCUCACUGAGACCCAGGGACAGCUUCCGGGGCUCCCGGUCGCUCAGCUUCAGGAUGCGGGAGCCCCUGUCCAGCGUCUCCAGCGUGCGCAGCGUCUGAGGCAGCGCUGGGCACAGGCACCCGCCAGGCCCGCGGGAGGUGGCUCCUGGCCCUGCGGUCUUCCUGCUGAUGCCGAGCGGCUUUCCCCGGGGCCCUGGACAGGGCGGCCACUGUCCACCACGGCGGAGAGCACCUGCAGCAGGUGGCAGGUCGGCGAGGCCCCGGCUCCGGGGGGGGGCUCCUGGGCCACAGAGCUGCGGCUGUGAGGGGCGGGCUGGGGGGCUGAGGCCUGGACUGCAGGGACGGUACCCGGGUCACCAAGGAGCCUGUGUGCAGGGGGUGACGACGCGGGGGCGAUGGGCUGCUGGCUGUGUGCGGGGGCAGGUGUGUCCUCGCAGACAGGGUCACGCACGUGUGCUUGGGAGUGUGGUCCUGAGUGGGGGUGUGUCUGCCGGGGUGGACUCUGUGUGUGUGUGUGAGUGUGUGUGGCAGCCACUCCCUGCGCUGCAGGACACCAGGUAGGACGGUGACACGUGUCCUCUCUCUUCUCGGUCACUCCCCUUGGGGGAAUGGAUUUCUUCCCCAGCUCUACCUCUGCAUCUUUUGGGGACCAGAUGGGGGCCAGCCGGGAGGACGAGGCCCAGCCCCCUGGCCUGUGUUCCCUCCCCCACUGUGAACCCAGCUCAUCACGGAACCCAGGGGGACAGGCAGGUGCUGGCCAGGGCACCUGCACCCAGGGGGACCGUCCAGCGACCGCGGACGCGUUCUCAAGAGUGGAGAACAGAGCCGCCCAUGUCAGGACACUCCAUUGACCUAGUUUACGUUAAAUGGCAGCCGUGAGGCCUGGGGGGCUCCCUUGCCCGGCCAGCCCAGAGCUCAGGAGAGGGCUUUGGGAUGCCCCCGUGGGUGCUGGGCACCGGCAGCCCACCCAGGUGGCCGUUUCUCUGCCGCAGCAGUGGAGGUGGCGACUGGCGACCGGUUCCCCCGCUGCCCGGUGCUGUGCCCACCGGCCUGGCUACACAGAACUCAUUAAAACCAACAAACCUGAA